AGGAAGACCUAUCCUUCACUUGAUCGUCCCGACCUCGGUCGAGCAGCUCGUAGGCGUUGACCUGCUCAAUGCCCUCAGUAACAGCUUUCCGCAGCCACGAGGACAAGCAGCAGCAUACCUGGACACAUAGAGGAGCUCUUUCAUCCCCCCUCGCCUGUUCGCCGAUGGGCUUCACCGAGCCGGACCUCUACAGUCUGACGACAAUAUCGAUGAACAGUGUUGAGGGAUGAAAUCCAGUCAAUAUAAUUGCACGUCGAAGACGAAGGAAAGAGAGCGAGCGAGAGAAAUAGUAAUCUCACCGAAGAGGAAUAAGUGUCAUAUAAGUAAGUUUUCUGAACAACGCCCAGACUUGAGAGAAGUAAAGCCUUAUACCACCUCCUUUGAUGCAACACCGCGUAGCCCGGAUGAUCCCGAACGCGUGUCCACCCUUUGUUCUUCUAUGACCUUGCCCUCUUCAUCUUCCAUAAAGCCUUCUCUUCACGCUCCACAGACUUACAGGUUUACAAGCCUUGACGGUACACCAGACCACUUCCGUCACCGAACGCUCAAGCGCCAGCGUCCAAAUAAGCCAGAAGUGAAGGGGUUGCGGCCCUCUUAUGCGAGAGCCAGGAGAACAGCAAUCUUGGUGCAAGCCACAGUUUCGGAAGCAAGCGGACACGCAAUGGACAUUCGAGAGCAAGACUUGGGUUGAGACACGGAAACGAUGGGAAACAAGAAGGGAAAGGCCUGGAUGAUAUGCCGG